CCUCCGCCUCCGGGUACCAGGUUUGACUCCGGCGGCUCGUGGAGUCGUGGUCUUGCUCUGCUGCCUUCUGCCCUUCUCCCUCCCGAGCCUGAGCUGCGAAACACAAGCGGUGAGAAGAAAUGGCGAGCGUGUCCUCCUCGAGGUGCUCCGGCCUUCUCCUCCCGCCGAGCCUCGCCGGAGCCCGCUGCUGCUCGCGUCCGUCGUCCUCCCUCCGCUUCCGUUCGCGGUGGGCCCGGCGCCGCCCGGGGACCAUCGCCUGCGUCGCGCCGCCGGACUCCGCGGAGCAGAAGACGGAUGAGCAGACUGUGAAAGCUGAGUCGACUGAAGACGAGGUUAAGACAACCAGCACGCCCCAGGAUGCUGGACUUCCAGCUCUCCCAAAUAAGGAUCUCAACAGAAGGGUAGCAUUACUGUCCACUCUUGGGGCAGUGGCUCUCUUUGCGUCGCAGAGGCUCAAUCUUAAUGAGGCAUCUCUUAAAGAUAUUGCAGCCAAUUCAGUCCCAUAUGAAGAGGCUCUUUCAAAUGGCAAACCCACUGUUGUUGAGUUUUAUGCGGACUGGUGUGAAGUUUGCCGAGAGUUAGCUCCAGAUAUCUACCAAGUUGAGCAACAAUACAAGGACCGUGUCAACUUUGUCAUGUUGAAUGUUGACAAUACAAAGUGGGAACAAGAGCUUGAUGAGUUUGGAGUAGAAGGCAUCCCUCAUUUUGCCUUUCUGGAUAAGGAAGGAAAUGAGGAAGGCAAUGUUGUUGGGAGACUCCCAAAACAGUAUUUUCUUGACAACGUGGUGGCACUUGCUUCUGGUGAUCCCAACAUACCUCAUGCACGAGUUGUGGGUCAGUUCUCAAGUGCUGAAUCUAGGAGAGUUCAUCAAGUUGCUGAUCCCAGAAGUCACGGCUAGUAAUUGCUGGCUCUGUGGGUACUGGGUAGCAGUAUAAUGCCAAGACCAUUUGACAAGAGGCGACCCUAGGCUAUACUAUUAACACAAUCAGUCUUGGCAUCAAGGCAUCAAGCUUGCGGGCGCUGGCAAGAGCUGGUAGGUUCCAUAAUAAACGCCAGAAGAAAAAGAUGGCCACAGCAAUCGUCAAUGGGGUCAUGAAGAUUUCCGGAUAUGAUUUGCAUGUGUGGAUUCUGGGGACCCAUCUUCAGCGUUGAUUUGUCAGUGACACGGAAAGGAUUAGCAUCUUUUACCGCAAAUGCUUAUGUACUGAGAUAGUAGUACCAGUACGUCAGUACAACCGCGGCAAUGUGUUACAGUAGGGUAACUGCCUCUUGAAAGCAGCUCACUCUCACUCGUUGCUCGUGCAACACGUUCUUAUGCUGCUUUCAGCCCUGAUCCACCUCGACCGACCAAAUCCGGCCUCCCAUUAUGGUCGCCAAGUCAUUUCCCUUUUGUGCAA